AUGAAAUUUCAAAAAGAAAAAUGUGUACUCAUGGGCCCUGAGGGUUAUAUUGGAGAUUUCUUCCAUAUGCAAUAUUUCAAUGAUAAUCUGGGGUCAACUUUCAGUCCCCACAUCAACAGCAUUUCCAAUGAGAAAGGUAAGAAGCGCAAAUACAUUUGGGAUCAUGGAGAAGAUUGGCACCACACUUUUGAAGUUGAUCCACAUGGAACAUUCAGCUCCUCUACAGGAAGUGCAUUCAAUCAGGAAGAAAUUGAACUCUCCGUUGGGAGAAGUGGUAUUGAAUUGUUCAAAAGCCAAAGAUUGUAUUUCCAAUUCCAACUUGUCAAAUUUGAUUGA